AAGAGCUUCAAAUAGGAAGCCCAAGAGGAUUCCCUGGCAGGCCUGGGCCCCACAAUAGAGGCUCUGCGGGAGGAGAGGAGAAUGGGGACCACAGAGGUCGGCCUGCAGCUAGAAUGGAGGAUCUGGAAACUAUCUGUACCACAGCCCUCCUAUGGGCCAAGGGGAGAAGGCUGGGGUUGAGUCCACGCUAGAGAUGGGUGAAGGAGCAGAGAAGGCCUGGAUGGUCCAGUGAGGAGGAGACAGGACCCAGGCUUCCUGGCCCCUGCUGCCUAAGCCACCCCCUUCGGACGUCAUCCCACACACAGUGUUUAGACAAAGCAGUGAAGAAGAAACACAGACAUCCUGGAUCCCUUAGGGAGGAGGCCAGGGCUGGGAACAGAAGGAGGUCUGUUUAUUCCUGGCAGUCCAACAUCUGAGGGGCCGCACACCCACUUCUGUCCAGGCCCCAGGCUGAACUCUCCCAGAGCCUCUGACUUCUGCCCGACCAGAUAGCGUGGGUCUGUGGGCCGGCUGCUGGAAGCCAGCGUCCUCUGGCCGCCAGCUUGCUGAAGGAGGGGUCUGAGGCUGGAUGCUUUCCUCUUCCCACUUGCUGUCCUAACAGAAGUUCUGCCUCCCUGGUUCCCCUGAUCCUCUGCAGGAUGGGCAGAGCUAGACCCCUCGUGUCCACAGCCUUCAGCUCAGGUCUCCUCUCCCUGCCCUUCCUCACCGAGGGCACCGAAGUCCCCAUCUCAGUCUACCUGCGCUCUUGAGCAGGGAAGUCUUUCCCCAUGUCUCAUCUCCAGCUUUCUUGCUGCAGUUGUACCUGCUCCCUCACACUUCAACCUGCUUCUCUCUGGCACCCCAAGGCCUCACUUGAUACAAGUGAAAAUUGGAGCAUCACACCUCUUGGCUCCCUAGCCUUGAACUUGCCCUUCCUCUCCUGUACCUACUCCACUCAGUGUCUCUGUGGAGCUGAAGUGCCCUUCUCCUCUCGGUUUUUGUGAGCUCUCCAUCUGCCUUUCUCUACAGAGUUCUUAGAGGGGGCAGGUGGCUGGAGGGGAGCGACAGGCAGACGGCAGGAAUCCUAAAAAUGUUAAUAACAGCUUCCUAUGGGCCUGGUGUUCAUCUAAGUCUUCACCACACAUUAACUUGGGGUUCGUCUCGCCAUAGGUGAGCACAGUACAAGCCCUCUUCUACAGAUGAGGAAACGAAGGCAAAAGAACUUGAGUAAUUUUUCCAAGUUCACACAGAAGAAAAAAAGAUCCCAAGAUUCUAAGAUUCAUACCCAGGCUUUCUGCCUCCAACACUGGCUCACACCUCUUACUCAUCACGGAGGCCUCCUGUGUGUCAGGCACUGGGAUAUAUAGAGUCACAUGUUACUCUGUGAUAGUCCCCAACACCCCAGAGAGGUGGUUUUACUUGUAUUUUACACGUGGGAAAAUUGAGGCCCAGGACUAGCUUGCCCAAAUGCCACACCUCCUAGCCCAGAGCCACUUUUACCUCCUAGCCCAGAACUAGACUCAAAGCAGUUGAGAAAAGUAUAGAAUGACCCCAAAUUCUAGAAGGAAGUUUGGCUUUAUAAACCGAAAGGCCCAUCAGGUGAUAGGAUGGAAAGAUCCUCAAGCUCCAAACAGCCCCACCCCUGCCACCAUCAGAUACUGCUCUUCCGAAUUAACUUAACGGAGCUGGGUGUGCUGUUGGCUGGUCAGCACCCCCAGGGGUUUACAGCUCAUCAAAUGUAAAUGUAUUCGUUGGGACAAGAAGCAGAAAGGGGUAGCUGAAACCCUGAUUCCUCGAAUUCUGAUUCCUCCCCGACUGGAUUGCAUUUCUCAGAUUAGCUAGGCGUGCGGCAGAUGACAGGGCUCCCCUGAGGUAGGGGAUCUGCCACCUCGGUGGCAAGCUACAGCUGGUGGCUGGGGAGGGGGCACACAGGUACAGGAUAGGGGGAGGGCACUGGACAAAGACCGGCCAGCCUCCUGACUCCUGCCGCCCAGCCAGUGCCAGGCUCCACCCCCCAGAGGCGGGGCCAGGCUGAGCCCCACCAACCCCAGCUCCAACCCUCCAGAGCCCAGGCUGGGGCAGAGCCUGGGCAGCAGAGAGCCUGGGCCCCUGCAGUACCCACAGAGUGGAGGCACCAUGCCCUCACUGGCCACAGGGACCACAGACAGCGCAGGAAGCCCUGCAGGCCCGCCUACAGCAACUCCCUGACCCCCAGGGGCAAGCCCAGGCUAGGCCAGCAACACCUGCCUUCCAAGAGCCAUGCACGCUGGCUGCUGCUCCAAGCCUCCCCUGUCCCCAGGCCAAAGAUGACCGCCAACAGCACCAGGGAGGCACCCAGCCCAGUUCCCACGGGGGCCCUGGGCCUCUCCCUGGCCCUGGCCAUCCUCAUCAUCGCCGCCAACCUGCUCCUGGCCUUGGGCAUCGCCAGGGACCGGCACCUGCGCCGGCCGCCCGCUGGCUGCUUCUUCCUGAGCCUGCUGCUGGCCGGGCUGCUCACAGGGCUGGCGCUGCCCAUGCUGCCCGGCCUCUGGAGCCAGAGCAGCCGAGGCUACUGGUCCUGCCUCUUCCUCUAUCUGGCUCCCAACUUCUCCUUCCUGUCCCUGCUCGCCAACCUCCUGCUGGUGCACAGCGAGCGCUACAUGGCAGUGCAGCAGCCCCUGCGGCCCCGCGGGAACACAUGGCUGGCCCUGCUCCUCACCUGGGCCUGGCCCCUGCUCUUUGCCAGCCUGCCAGCCCUGGGGUGGAACCAUUGGGUCCCCGGCACCAACUGCAGCUCCCAGGCUGUCUUCCCGGCCCCCUACCUCUACCUUGAAAUCUACGGCCUCCUGCUGCCUGCCGUGGGGGCCGCCGCCCUGCUCUCUGCCCGUGUGCUGGCCAUGGCUCACCGCCAGCUGCAGGACAUCCGGCGGCUGGAGCGGGCAGUGUGCCGUGGCGCACCAUCGGCCCUGGCCCGGGCCCUCACCUGGAGGCAGGCAAGGGCACAGGCCGGGGCCACGCUGCUCUUCGGGCUGUGCUGGGGGCCCUAUGUGGCCACCCUGCUCCUCUCAGUCCUGGCCUUCGAGCAGCGCCCGCCACUGGGGCCAGGAACUCUGUUGUCCCUCAUCUCACUGGGUAGCGCCAGCGCAGCAGCCGUGCCCGUGGCCAUGGGGCUGGGGGAUCAGCGCUACACAGCCCCCUGGAGGACGGCCGCCCGCAGGUGCCUGCGCAUGCUGCCCAGAAGGGCCCCCCGCACUGGGCCUGGCCCCCGCACAGCCUACCGCACCAGUAGCCAAAGCAGCGUGAACCUUAACUUGAACUAGGGGAAGGGCCUCUGCUGGCUCCUGCUCGAAGCAUCUGUCCAUCUCCGCCACCAAGGCAGUCUCCUCUUGUCUCCCAGGACCUGCAUCAGAGGUCCUGCCCUUAUCU